AUGCCUUCAAAUCUCCGCCGACUCGCGGCAGACCAUGCCGCUCUGCACAGCGACAAGCUGCCGCCAUACUACCUGUUGCCACCGGACGAUGGUCGCUUCGCUGUGGCCGACGAUCUAUCGCAGUUGACGGUCCUUCUGACUGGCCCGACCGGUACACCGUACUCCCAGGGCCUCUGGCGACUCCAUCUCAAGAUGCCAGAGGACUAUCCGAACAGUCCGCCCAAGGCGACGUUCCGAACCCGCAUCUGGCACCCCAAUGUGGAGGAACUGACAGGCGCAGUGUGUGUAGACACACUCAAGAGGGACUGGGAGUCCAAGCUUACCCUUCGCGAUGUGCUCAUUACCAUCUCCUGUCUCCUCAUCAAUCCCAACCCCGACUCCGCCCUCAACGCAUCAGCAGGGACCCUCCUGCGAGAAGAAUUCAACGCCUUCUCCCAUCAAGCCAAACUAAUGACCUCAAUCCACGCCUCAAUCCCCGACGACCUCAAAGACUCCGUCCUAGAAGCCAAACACAGAGGCGAAGAUUCUAACUCAAUACGCCACGAGGAAGAACCAAUUCUGCAGCGCCCCCGAAAACAAAAACCCCUCCACCCAGGCACAAUCAAGAAAACAAGCAAACCAACCCCGUCAGAAGACACAAUGAGCGACAGCGAAAACGAAGACCCAAGCAAAGAAAACAACCCCUCCCUCUCCUCAACCCCGGUCCGCCUCACACCCCCAAGCCCACGAAAAGCACUCGGCAAACGCCCCCUCUCCGUCCUUACCAUGCCAUACCCCGAAGACCCAGACGCAGACAUGAUGCUCAUAGACUCCGACUCAGAGUACGAACGGGAUCUACCAAAGAGCUCUUCAGAGCAAAACAUCAGCGCAAACACCCGCACACGCUCAUCCUCGCCGCAGCGCAAGUCUCCGAGACUGGCACCCAGUAAGGGCAAUGCCUCUCGACUCCGCGACGAUCUCCAGAUCUACGAGGACGUGCCAGAUCGCACGUUGAUGGAUAUCUCGCGUCGCUUUAGCAGCGACGGGAAAGAGAACCGCGCUACUGGUGGGAUGAAAGAUAUUGAAUUGCAGGCCAAAAUUGCGUCCAACGCUCUUGCUCAGACGCCUGGUCUUUCAGUGAAAUCAUCAUUGAAUUCGAAUCCGUCGCGUGUCUCGAAGAAGGUCGUCGGUGGUCCGCGGAAAACCGCUGUACCGAAGGCUAAGCCGCGCAUUGGAGUUCGGCGACUUUGA